GAGAAGCCCUCGGAAGACUUCAUGGUUCUGCCCCAGGGGAUCAAGAAGUGGAUGAAGCAGAUCGAGCUGCUGGAGUGGGUGCCGGCGUCGCGCCUGGUCCCCGAAGCGGACUUCGAGACGACCAACCUGCUCGAGAACAUCCUCAAGGUCGACCAGUUCAAG